ACAGGAGAGCACAUUUAAGAAGCUGCUUGGAAAAAUUAAAGGACAUGGUACCCCUAGGCCCCGAAGCGUCGCGACACACAACUUUAGGAUUAUUAACGAAAGCCAAAAGAUUUAUAAAGAGUUUGGAAGAGCGAGAGAAGAGGCAUGUCAGUCACAAGGAGCAAUUGGCGCGGGAGCAACGCUACCUACAGCGGCGGUUGAACCAGCUGAGCGAUGCACCCAGAGAUUCAAGAUUAUCGGAGAGCUCGAUGACGCAUACGCACACAACGCGAGCUGACUCGCUCUCGUCUUUAGAAUCGUCGUCGUCGGGAGUGUCCACGGCGGAGCGGUCGCCCUCCUCAGUCUCUGAAAGUGAUGAGGUUGACGUGAUCGGCUACACCUCGAACCAGAGCGACAGUGAGUCGCUUGUGUCGGGGCACAGCGGCGACAGCGGGGUCGGCGGAGGCGCGCGGCGGCGACCGCGUACGCCGCUCAAGUCGCGCGUUGCAAACGUGCCGCGGACACGCCGCGCCGCUCGCCUCACGAAACUCGUCUAGGUGGGCGGCAGGCGGCGCGGGUCUGCAGCGGCCACGUCGGCCCGCGGCUAACGUUAUAACUGCAUAACGUAAACAAACGUAGGACAUUUUGUUGAUACAUGUACUAAAGCGAAUGUUGUUUAUUGUGACUGAAUUGACGCCGGCGACAUCGCGACCGUUCCACGCGACAGAGUGACUCGGCGGCACACACACGCCCGCGCCGCAACACCCACACACACCACACACCACACUACACAAACACACACAAACACACACACAUACAUACACACACACGACACUAUACACGUGAACACACUACACACCUCUGCGAACCAUCACUAAGUACAAAAUUGCCAAAAAUUUAUAUUCAAAGUUUAUUUUUCACAUUUCAGACGAAUUUGUAUUUGUUUUUUUUUUUUCUUAUUAUUAUUAUUCUUUCUAUUUAAUUGUACCGAGCCUGGCUCGUUUGGAUGAGUUGCAAUAUUGUGUAGUCUAGUGGCGCAUUGUUCCAUCGUGUCACACAAUUCCAACUGUGAAGUCACAAGUGUGAAGUGUGACACAAUUCCACUGUGUUGAAAACACGUAAUGUGUGCAAAUCUCUAUCUACCAAGAUGUCACUAUAAUUUAAAUAUUUUGUAUUUCACGUUUAUAGUAACUGCGUGCGAUGUGGAGGGGGAGAGGGGCAGGUGUCGUAACCACACAACUCAUACAAACACACGCUGCCCCCAACACGCCAUUAUCAAAUGACCACGUUAUUUUUGUAUUUAUUAUUCAAUUUUUCUAUCGGACAUAUUCGAAUAUAAAUUUUAAAAGUC